GAGGGUGAGAGAGAGACGGAGACAAAAUCACAGCAAACAGUGCACCGAUGACGUGAAGUCCACGGAUGGAAUACUGGCUUGCAAAUCCUUUGAGGAGCUCCCACGCAACUUUGCGCAAGUUGUGUGAGCGCGUCACGAUCCGUGUCUUUCUUUGAAGGGGGGGGGCGUGGACGUCGGAGGAGCUGCAGCGUGCAACCAGCCAGCCAGUCAGUCAUUCAGGCAUGCAUGUUGCCUCUUGGCAGCACUAUCAGCUUGGAGUGUGAGUGACGUGCGCGCCGGAGGAGCGCGCUUGGACGGAUCUCGGUUGCUCACUGCAAAUCCACGUUUGUGAUGUGUUGCGCGCGGGUGCCUUUUUUUUUUAGUGUCACGAAAACCGGUCGUGCGAGUAUUUUCAACCUGUGUUUUGGAAAUAUUUCGCCCUUUAUUGUGAACGUCGGGGAUGGCCCUUUGGAUUCCGAAGUGAGGAUCUAUCGCGUGUCAACACUGGCAGGUGUUGCGUUCACAAGGACUUUAACCAACUCGGCGUGGACGGAUUACAGCGGCUAUUGGCUUUUUUUCCCCCUCACGGAAAUGUGUUCACUUGUGUUUUAAUCUACUAAAGGGGGGGGUGGAGAGAUCUCACGAUGCGUUCUAGGCGCCGGGCUGGAAAGUGAGCGUCACUUUUAUCUCCUUAUUGCCUGCAGGCAAAAACGACAAAACCAUGACAAGCAACGGACCUGUGAUCGUCUACGAGUGGCUGAAGACGCUGCAGUUGGCCCAGUACGUGGAAGCAUUCGUGGAUAAUGGCUAUGACGACCUGGAGGUAUGCAAGCAGAUCGGCGACCCGGACCUGGACGCUAUCGGCGUUUACGUCGCGCACCACCGCCACCGGAUCCACGACGCGGUGCGGCGUCUCAAGGAGGAAGCGAGAGACGCGGCGAGCGGGCUGUACUUCACCCUGGAGCCCAUGCCGCCUUCUGCGGAUGUCUACACCGGCCACAUGGUGGACCAGUACGAGUCGAAGCUGCGCGCAUCCAAGUCGUGGACCGAGCCGGCGCGCGGUGUGGGGUACAUGGGCGCGCACAAGAACCUGACCCUGGGCAGCAGCAGCAACAGGAGGGAGGUGGUCAUCUACCCCAAGCUCAAACUCAAGAUUAUGAUCCGGGAUAAACUCAUCAGGGACGGCAUCAAUCUGGCCAGGACGCCCUACUCCAAUAAGGAUGGCUCACUGGGCAACAUAGAUGACCUUGCUCAGGAAUACUCGGAAUACUACAACACCUGCUUCAGCGACGUCAGCGACCGCAUGGAGGAGCUCCGCAAAAGACGAGUGUCCCAAGAACUUGACAUGGAGAAACAAGAUCCAAACAAUAUUUCCUUGCAGCUCCGCAACGAGAUCCAGGAGUCGCUGGGCUUCAGCAGUGAAGUCUCCACGCCGGAAACAGACAGAAAAAUGUCCCUGCACAAAUCCAGCUCUGAAGAUGGAUCUGGAGGCAAAUGGGACAACAAGAAGAAGAACAAGUCGUUCUGGCAGAAUUUCCGCAAGCCUCAGCACAAGGCGGUCGUGCGACAGACUUCCAAAGGUGAGGACAUCGGCUUCGUGGCUAGCGAGAUCACCAUGAGCGACGAGGAGCGAAUCCAGCUGAUGAUGAUGGUGAAAGAGAAGAUGAUCACCGUGGAAGAAGCACUGGCUCGGCUGAAGGAGUAUGAGCGCAACAGACAGUCCGGCAGUACUGACACUGCAGAGUGCACUGACGGAACUGCGGCCGGUCUAAACCAGUCCUCAAACUGCAACCAAUCCCGCGAACAGUCCGACGACGAGCAGUCGGAGGAUUCGGUGAAGUUCAAGCGGCUGCACAAGCUCGUUAAUUCCACCCGGCGAGUCAGGAAAAAACUCAUUAAGGUGGAGGAGUGGAAGAAGCAUGGAUCUCAAGAUUUUCUAAACGUGGAGUCGGUGGCCACCUGUGACGACAACGCUGCGUUAUAUGCGGGGGUCCUGAAGAAGCACUCGUUGCCCCAGGAGACCUCGCCGGGCCAGGACCAUCUCUCUCUGGACGGAGACACCGACAGCCUGACCACCUCCCCGUCCUCCAGUAGCUUGGACACCUGGUCCGGACACCGUCUGGUGAAGACCUUCAACAAGUCUUCCAGUACCCACGGUCUGAUCCGCCCGCCCCGGAGAACCCCGGUGGGCUCGGGCGGGGGUGGCAGCGGCUCCUCUUUCUCUGAGCUGGAUGGCUGCGGCCUGGACGACGAAGGGAAGUUGCCGCGCUCCACCACCGACAGCGAGAUGCGGAAGGCCCUGAGCUCCAUCUCCCACGGGGUAAGUAACAACGAGGCCCUGUAUGCCUUUUACGGGCUGACCAAACCCCGCCCCAAAGCCCGAUCCCGCCGCCUUAUCCCCCUGGACGAUGAGAGCCCCAAAUAUCACACCACCGACCGGCACCGCGGCGGCUGGACGCUCACAAAACCCGACCCCAACUACUCGUACUCCACCAAACACCUUGUGUACCAGCGUUCGCGCAACACCAAGAACCCGGUCUCGCCUCUGUGCGUCGCCGCGCCCUCCUCCGCCCGUGCCAUAGCCAAAUCCAAAGCUUUUGGGCCGGGAGGGGGCUGGCCGUUCCCCUCCCGCCGGCUACGGGGCCGCAGCGCGGUCAGCGAGCUGAACAUCACCUACGUGGUAGAGCGGAGCCUGUACGGUCACCUCAACUGGACCCAGCUGGUCCGCCCGGUCACCCUCAGCCGAGCCGAGCAGCGUUGUCUCUUGGAGGAGGACCGCGAGGCGGACAAGAAGUGGGCGGCCAGCGUGGACCGCUGCACCAAGCGCGUGCUCUUACGCAUCCAGCAGAAGUCUAGAACGUGCAGCUUCGGCGGCUUUGACCUGUCCAAUCGAUCCCUCCACGUGCUCAACACUGGUUCCGACGCCCACAAUAAAGAGCAGGAGGCCAUCUAUAGAGAAGUGGUCAAGUCGCCCAACACUUCUCGGAUCUCGCUGGGCAAGAAGGUCAAGUCGGUCAAGGAGACCAUGAGGAAGCGCAUGUCCAAGAAGUACAGCAGCUCCGUGCCCGAACAGUCGAGUCCAGAUGGAACAGCGGGUUCUCCGCACUGCCCGCAGCCCGACAGCGACUCACUAGAAAAGCCCAAACUCAAGGCGGGAGGUUCAGUGGAAAGUCUCAGAAGUUCGCUGAGUGGACAAAGUUCAAUGAGUGGUCAGACGGUGAGCACCACCGACUCGUCAGCCAGCAACAGAGAAAGCGUUAAAUCGGAGGACGGCGACGACGAGGAGCUGCCGUACCGAGGGCCGUUCUGCGGCCGCGCUCGAGUGCACACGGAUUUCACGCCGAGCCCCUACGACUCGGACUCCCUCAAAUUGAAGCACGGCGACGUGAUCGACAUCAUCAGCAAGCCGCCCAUGGGUACCUGGAUGGGCCUGCUCAAUAACAAGGUGGGCACCUUCAAGUUCAUCUACGUGGACGUGCUGUGCGAGGAAGAAGAGAAGCCCAAACGGCCGCUGCGGCGCCGCCGGAAGGGUCGACCACCCAAGCCGACGUCCGUGGAGGAGCUGCUGGAACGAAUUAACCUCAAGGAGCACAUGCCCACCUUCCUGUUCAACGGCUACGAGGACCUGGACACGUUCAAGCUGCUGGAAGAGGAGGACCUGGACGAGCUGAACAUCAAAGACCCCCAACACCGAGACGUGCUGCUCACGGCCGUUGAGCUGCUGCAGGAAUACGACAGCAGCAGCGAUCCAGAGCGCAGCUCCCAGGAGAAACUGCUGUCGGAGGGCCGGGGUCUGAUCGGAGACUCCCCGCGGGACUCUGGCUGCUACGAGAGCAACGAGAACUUGGAGAACGGCAAGAGCAAGAAGGCCUCCCGCUCGGGUCGUUCUUCCGCAGGCCAGUCUCCGGACUAUCCCACUCUUCCCAUGACCAUCUCCAGUGAGGCCUUGCAGCAGAAUGAAAAAAGCCAGCACUCCAAAUUCCCCAAAAACUUGUUCAACAAGUCCUCCCUGAAGGGCUUCAACCUGCUCGGGCGCCGCAAAGCCCACAAACGCUCGCCCAUCCCGGCCAGUCGUAGCUGCGAGGACCUGGACGAACCCUCCCAGCUGGCCGGGUCCUGGAAGCGUUCCCACUCCCUGGGAGACCUGCACUGGGAGCAGAGGCAGGAUCACAACGAGGAGGUCCAACGCAGCAAAGAAGGGCCCAGUUUGGACGCAAGCGGGCCCAUUAUGGCGCCUUCGCCAGCUUGUACUGCAAGUCCGCUGGUGAGUCCAAAACCGAGAGUUGACAGACCACCCGUCCCCUCGCAGCUCCCUCUGAGACCCCCUUGUCCCACAACCCAAGCCCCGAGUCCCCCGGAGUCCAACGUAAGCGGUGAGAGGGUCAUAAGGACUCAUGCCAAAAAGCCACCGGUACCGCCUCCGGUUCCCGCCAAGAGGUCCAGAGAAAGAGUCGCCAACGGGGUCUGCCACUCCCCGCUCUCCUCGCCGUCUUUCGGACCUUCUCCGACGCACUCGCUCACACGUUCCCAGCCCAGCAGCCCCGUGACACAGUGCGCGAGCAGUCCCGCCCCGCCCCUUCCCGCCAAGACUCCGAGCAGCCCUCGCAACUCCUCAUCCGCCGGCGAAGAGACGGCGGCGACGCCCCCGUGGCUCUCGGACCUGGGCGGCAAGGUGGCCGUGUCAAGGAAGGCGUCCCACUCCAAGAUGAGCCCCGACCUGCUCACCUUGCUGGAGCAACGGCUGGAGGCCGAGGGCAUCGAUCUCACGGAGGAGCCCUACUCAGACAAGCACGGUCGCUGUGGCAUCCCGCAGCCUCUGAUGCAGCGCUACUCAGACGACCUGCAGCAGCCCGUCAAGGAGGUGGCCUCCACCAUGGACCAGCUCAGAGUCCGGGAGCUUCGCAAACAGCACCGGAUGGCUAUCCCCUCAGGCGGUCUGACCGACAUGUGCCGGAGAGCGGCGGCGGCGGCGGGCGCCGUCAGCACCGUCUCGGACUGGCUGGUGUCCAUCGGCCUGCCCAUGUACGCCUCGGCUUUGACGGCGGCCGGCGUGGACUCGCUGAGCGGCGUGGCCUUGCUGACAGAGACGGACGCCUGGGAGGCAGGCGUGCGCGACCACACCCACGCCCGCCGUUUGGUCGGCGAGGCCCAGCUGGUCGCCGAGCGCCGGGACGCAUAAUCCCGCCGCGCCAGUCAGUAUUGGCGCUGUGCACUUGCGUACUUCCAAUUUGCCAAGAUGCUUUUUUUCCCCAGCGUUCUUUUUUUUCAAAUGUUUACGGCAACUUGCAGUCAAUCCUGGAUGCUAAAAGGAUGCCUUUAAAAAACAUGAUGCCUUUGCAGACGAUAGCACACCACCAUUUUGUUGAAUGGUCACAAGUGCUUGGCUUGUGAAGUGUUUUUAUUUUCUCUCUCCAGGGUACACUACUCAUCAACUUUGAGAUAUUGCAUACACUGAACAGUUCCAAUUAAUUUCAUCUGGAAAGGUUCCCGUGCAUUUUGGGCUCAUCCUAAAAUUUCAUCCCUAAGGCCAAUGUUUGGAAGGCUUUUUUGAGUCGUGUUUUUUACUCCGCCAGAGUGAUUCCAUGGACUUAAUGCUUACCACAGACCAAGAAGUGACAGGUUUGAUCAUACUGUAUUUCUGUAUUAUAGCCUCAUUUUUGUUCAUGUGUCUUCUGGUUAUUAAUUACCAAUCAACAUUCCGGACGUAUCCAAGCACAUUUUUUAUGAUAUGUUUUGCCUCAGCCUCAUGAGUUGGAUAGUUUUGAUGAUAACAGUGAAUGCAGGGCAAGGCCUUUUUUUCCCUUUAUUUCAAUUACAAAAAACUAAUUUUAUUUUUACUGAUUAAAACCUCAUUUUAAGAUCUUAGUAACCAUAUCCAAAGAGACAGAGCUGAUGUUGGGAACUGAAGCACAAUUUUAUGUAUAGUGGAACCUCUAAAAUUGACCCACCCUCAGGUUGUGUAAUUUGGAAUAUCAGAAAAAAUAUCUGUAAAAUUACAAUGUUUUGGUCAAGCAGUUUCCCAUAAUUUUUCAAAAAUAAUUUAAUUUUUUAAUUAAAACAUGAAUUUCGUUGUUUUUAAUAUUUAGGCAUUAAUACUUUUAUUUAUAUUUCAUUUUUUUAAAAAUCCCUCCAAAUAAGGGGAAAUGAAUUGUCUUGAACUUUGGAGUUUCCUCUAUAUGUCAAAUAUGUUGCCAACAUAAUUUACAGAGUAACAAAAACAAAACAAAAAACGACUUCAGGUGGAAAUCUACAAAAAUUCAGGGAUGAACUGAGGGCACCCAUGGUGUGAAAUCACUUUUUUUUUUUAAUUAAUCUUAUUCCUCAUGAAGAGGAUCACCCCCGCCCCCCUUUUCAAAUGUGGUGCCUGAGCGAGGCGAAACAAGUGUUUAAUAUUAAAAAUACUGACACUGUAAAUGCACUUUAGAGGGUGACGUCAUCUAGCUGAUACAUUGGCUUUGGUUUUGCAAAAAUAAUUUGGUGGAUCUUUAAUGAACGCCAAGCGUAUUAACUGAAUAACAAAAGAGUAAAACUUUUCCCUAAUCACUUCUUUUGCGCCAUCUUGAUUACAUAUAUGAAAUGCUACGCAAGCAUUGCACAUUCUAUAUAUGUAAUUAAUAUUUAAACAGGUUAUUUCGCCCAAUUUCUCUUUUCCCUUCCAUAUGAUGUGGACUGUAAUUAGCUGUAUUUUACGGAUAGCGGAUACCCUCGUGCGUAAUGCAAGUGAGGAGCUGCGUACAAUUUGUAUUGUAACAUAUGUACGUGUACAAAUGAUUGUUUUAUCUGCUCUUCAUCUACUUAACGAUUGUUCAUACAGAUUUGCUUGUGGAUUGAAAUAAAAAAAACAUGCCCAUAGCUAUUUGUCUUUCACAACGAUAAUGGUCAUAAAAUGUUCUUGCCAU